AUGUCGAAUUUAUUAUUAGAUGUUGAUAAUAAGAGUAAAGAAGAGUUAUUAAAGUUGAGAAAAGAUCAACUCUAUCAAAUAUCGAUUGAUAAAAAGUUAAAGGUGAAUAAAUCUUUGAAUAAAGAUAGCUUGGUCAAUGCAAUUAUCAAACAUAGAGAUGAUCAGAUCAGAUUACAAAAUACAUUGUUUGAUGACAAUCCUGCAAUAAGAUUCCAUCGUGGUCAUGUCGACUAUCGUUUACCUUUCUUGAUCAUUUCAAAGAUAUUUCAAUAUUAUUGGAUGUUGUGUACCAAUCACACGAGUCCAUUCUUCUCAUAUCGUGAUGCUUUGACAAUCACUCUUGUCAACAAACAAUUAUAUGGUAUUGUUACCACUUUAUUCAAUAGUGUUUUUAUAAAACAGAUGAAUAUAAAUUCUGGAUACUUAAAUUUGGAACCAUUGAUAAAUAAUGAAUUACUUAGAUUAACAAGAACAUGGUGUCCGAUCAAACAGAUAACAAAACUACAUAUUCACAAUACAAUGUUUGAACAAUUUGUUAACAGUACAGAUAUCCUUCUCAACAAUCUACUUACAACCAUUGAGAAGUUACAUAUUUAUGUGAAUAAAUCAUCUUAUAGAGACAUCAAUUAUCUUACCUUCAAGAGUGUAGCAAGCAAAAUGCCGAAUCUCAGGACACUCGUUUGUAACAACGUCAAUAUUAGAUACUCACUCAUCAAUGCAAUCGCCACAAUCAAGUCACUCAGGAAAUUAGAUUUGACACACACCUACAAAGUUCGUCUUGGAUCUUUAGAGGAACUGGUACUCACCAAGAUGCCAUUACUAGACCAAAUCAAAUUACCAAUAUGCGAUCCUGUAAAUAUUCCAAAUUCCUUCAGAGACAGUGUUAUAUCAUUGUUCAAUGUCUCUUUCUAUAAACCAGUAUCACCAAAACAACUUUUAGAACUCCCAAACUUGAAGAAGAUCUCUUUUCUCAAACUUAGACCCAACAUUUUCAAAUAUUUCAAAGAAUCAUCUUUUAAUGUCACUUAUUUAUGCUUCCCUUUGAAUGGAAAUAUCGAUCAUUGGCUUCCAAUCAUUGAGAAACUCAUCAGUAUCGAAACACUCGAAGUCAACACUCAAUCGUUGGGUUCGAAGGGUCUUUCUAGUUUAUGUCGAAAAUUCAAAAACAGCAUCUCACCAAAUUAUUCUCGAUUCAUCAUUCAAACAUACGAUCACUAUGACAACGAGAAAAAUAAUUUAAAAAUAGGAUUACAUUAUUCUCAUCAGAAAUUGUAUCCUAGAAUUACAAGUGAUUCAACAAACCUUAGAAAAAUAUAUUUUGUUAAAAAAAUAUAA